CAAUGGAUUAAUAUGAAUCGUCUAUUAUUUGAAAACUGCUUCAAAACAUACAGAACACAAAUUUAAACAUCUACACACACACACACACACACACGGGAAUUAUGAGUAAAGACAAUAAUGAUACACCCAAUGCGAUGGAGGAGGAGUUCAAGCAAUUCACGAGCAAAAUAAAUUGUCAUAUAGUCGUUGAUUUGCCAUAUGAGCAACGUUGCGAUUUUGUAAUCAAAGCCAUGGACUGUCCAGCAACAACAAAUAUAUUGCCAUACUGGAAGCUCAUGUCCUGCCAUUACAACUGUCGUAAUAGAUUUGAGGAAUAUGUGGUCAUGACCGUCUUUGUGAUAUUCAUUAUGGAGCUUAUAGUGUGCAUCUAUCAUGUGGUGGAAGUGUACUACACUCCGGCCUUGAAGCUCUGCUCCCACCUUUUGCAUUUAAACGAACAUUUAGCUGGCGUCACAAUAUUAUCCUUUGGAAAUGCUGCGCCAGAGAUGUUGGCGAAUCUAUUGACUACCGCAACCGGUACACCUGUAUUGGCGUAUUAUUAUUCUAAGGCCCUCUUCACUACCCUCUUCACGGGCGGACUUAUCAACUAUUUAUGCCCAUUUCGCAUGAAUAUGCACGGCACACUUCGCGAUACAUUUUUCUUUCUGAUUGGCGUAAUGUAUCUUGAGUUUACUCUGAGUAACGAUCAGAUGAUAUCGAUGAACGAAGGAAUCGUCUUGCUCAGCAUUUAUUUUGCCUAUCUAAUGGUCAAUGUGGUGGAUUAUGUGCUGACGCGACGAUAUAUGAAAUCCAUUUGGAACCAGCUGGAAGAACUUGUAGGCGAUCGAACGACUCCGAAUGCACAAAGUAAAAGUCAAGUGCUACGCAAAAAAUAUGCAGAGCUUGCUAGUGAUGCGGAAAUGGAGGUAUUUAGUCGAAAUAGCUCUCCCUUGGAGCAUCAUUCGUCCAUUGACUUGACAAUACGUUCUCAACGAAAGAACCGACGUAUUACCGUCAGUGCCAGAGCCAAUAUGUACUACAAUAUAUCAAACAAUUGGAAUAGACAUAUUUUCAGGGAUUUUUUUGAAUCCCUAGCGCCCAUCAAGAUCGCAGAUUGGCAAGCAGCUAAAUUGUAUAAGCGUGCCUAUUAUAUUGCCAGGGUGCCCAUAGCGGUGCUAACGGCUUUAUUUAUACCGCUGGUGGACUACGACUUGCACAAGCAUGGCUGGAGUAAGUUGCUCAAUUGCAUACAGCUCAUUAUUAAUCCAGCUAUAACGGUGAUUCUCAUUAAGUCCAUGUACUUUGGUACUAAAAUCUGGUACUUGAACAUAGUGCAGGACUAUAUCUAUGGCGUUUAUACCUUUGCGCUAACAGUACCGUUAGCUAUAGUGGUUUUCAUGAAGUCAAGAACCGAUGCGCCGCCACUUUUUCAUUUCGCCUUCACCACACUGAAUCUAACGGGCUCUGCAUUCACCAUAUAUUACUGCGAAUCUGAGAUUGAUCACUUGCUGCAGGUCAUUGCUAUGGUAAUGCAUGUACCAACUGCUUUUGUUGGCGUUACUAUAACCCCUGUGGCUAUAGCCAUGGGUGCAAUGGUGGUCAACACAGCGUUGGCCUUUCAAGGAUAUGAACGAAUGGCAUUCGCUGCCUGCGUGGGUGGUCCAUUUAUAACAGUUAUACUGGGCACGGCCAGUAUUUGCAUGGCAAAUGCCGUUAAGGACAAGCAUCCCAGAGCACAGACUUUAUAUGGAGAAUAUGGGAUGAAUGCGUUCAUCUUUUUAAUUAUAUCAUUGUCAAUGACGCUGAUGUGGACAUCAAUAUUGAAUUACCGCUCUCGCCGCUCCGUUGGCAUAUACUCUUUAUCCCUCUACAUGCUUUUUCUACUGUUCGCGGUGCUCAUCAAAGACAAUAUCAUACACUCGUAUGCCAAAGAUGUUAUUCUACAAGAUUCCUUUGAAUAAUGGUAAAAGAAAAUAAGUAGAAAAAUACAUGGAACACAAAUUUCCCUUUAAGGGAGCUUUUGGCUUCUACUGGGAAAUAGCAUUCGAACAACAUUUCGAAGGAUAAAAGGAAUACUAAUUUCCCUUUUUAUUCUCGCAAGCAGCUUUAAUAAAGCUUU